AGUAAAUCCCCAAGUUGUCAGUCAUUUCCUCUCUUACUACUUUUUCGUGUUAAAGAACUAUUUUUUCUUUUCUCUCUCAGUGCCUCUAAUUAAAUAUUUUAUUACUAUCCACCGCUUUAGCUAGCUAGCUCUCUCGCUCGCUCACAGUAUUCUUCUUGUGUGCCAAAGUACGCGGUUAGAAAGGCUUGUUGCCUUCAUUUUCUGGUCAAUCCCCCGCAAAAGAUGUUCGUCAGGAACCUCGCUCGCCUGUUACAGGUGUCGAAGCGCCCUGUGCGUGGCGUCGACUUCGCGCGCAACCGGUUCACCAACAAGGGCACCGCCUUCUCCGCGAAGGAGCGCGAGUACAUGAACGUGGAGGGCAUGUUGCCGCCGGCCAUCGAGACACUGGACGAUCAGGUGGAGCGCUACUGGGAGCAACUGAACCGCUUCAACGAGCCGAUCAACCGCUACCAGCUUCUGCGCAGCGUGCAGGACACGAACGUGACGCUGUAUUACGCCAUCAUUAUCCGUUACCUCAAGCAGACGCUGCCCAUCAUCUACACCCCGACCGUCGGAGAGGCCUGCCAGCGCUACGGUGACCUGUUCCAGAAGGACCACGGUCUCUACAUCGAUGUCAACCGCAAGGAGAGCGUGCGCAAGAUGAUCCAGAACCUGCGCAAGACGAACAUCGACGUCAUCGUCAUCACCGACGGCUCUCGCAUUCUCGGCUUGGGCGACCUCGGCGUGAACGGCAUUGGCAUCAGCAUCGGAAAAUGCUCCCUGUACGUCGCUGCGGGUGGCGUGAAGCCGGCACGUGUGCUGCCGGUCAUCAUGGAUGCCGGCACAAACAACGAGUCCCUCGUGAACAAUCCUCUCUACCUCGGCAGCCGCAAGCCGCGCUGCACAGAUGAAGAGUUCUACGCCCUCCUUGACGAGUUCAUGGCGGCAGCCAAGGAGGCGUGGCCCUCCGCCGUAAUCCAGUUCGAGGACUUCAGCAACAACCACUGCUUCGACAUCCUCGAGCGCUACCAGAACAAGUACCGCUGCUUCAACGACGACAUCCAGGGCACCGGCGCCGUCGUCUCCGCGGGGUUUCGCACCGCCGUGAAGCUGAGCGGCAUUCCGAUGAAGGAGCAGCGCGUUCUCUUCUUCGGUGCCGGCUCGGCCGCGACGGGGGUGGCGCAGAGCAUCGCCGAGCUGACGGAGGCGACGUCGAGCAUGACGGCGGAGGAGAUCAAAAAGAAGCUGUACUUUGUGGACUCCAAGGGCCUUGUCGCGGCCAACCGCGGUGAUAAGCUGGCGAAGCACAAGGUCGCCUGGGCUCGCACCGACGUCCCCGACGCCGACAUCCAGCACCUCACGACACUGGAGGAAGUCGUCAAAUACGUGAAGCCGACCGCGCUGGUGGGCCUCGGCGCCACCGGCAGCGUCUUCACCAAGGAGAUCGUCGAGUUCAUCCAUUCCUACUGCCCGCGCCCGAUCAUCUUCCCCCUGUCGAACCCGUCCAGCAAGGCGGAGAUUCUGCCCUCCAACGCGUACAAGUGGACCAACGGCGACGCCAUUGUGGCGUCGGGCAGCCCCUUCCCCGACACCGUCGUGAACGGGCGCACCCUGCACCCCUCGCAGGGCAACAACCUCUACAUUUUUCCGGGGGUCGGCAUGGGCUGCUGCAUCGCGGAGCCGCCGUACAUCCCGCAGGAGGUCCUCGUGGCCGCCGCGGCGUGCCUCAGCAAUCUGGCGUCGCCGGAGGAUUUGGCGGCUGGUCAGCUUUACCCGCCGAUUGACCACGUGCGCCACGUAUCGGCCGAGAUCGCGGUGGCGUGCAUCCAGAAAUUGCAGAAUCUUGGUCUGGCCAAGAAGGACCUGCCCACGAACCGGCCUGACCUCGUGAAGCUGGUGAAGAACUCCAUGUGGAGGCCGGAGUACCGGCCGGAGAGUUACUACCUGAGCCAACAGCUCAUUCGUUAA